UAUCUUGGCUGUAUCGAAAAACAUGCCAAGAACACGAAAAAUGCCGAACUAAAUAACGCGAAAAUUUGUGUUGUUGUUGCCAUCAAACUAGGAAGUUAUUCCUCUUCUUUUCUCAGAUUCCUAUUUUCUAGUUCAAUCGAGUCAAUGGAGCGACUUCUUUUGCCCAGAAAUAGGCAGCCAAAAGCGUUAUCUGUGUUAUUGACUCCUUGUUUAUCAAUAGGAAAGUGCUUGGCCAAGGGAAAGUGAAAGUGCAACUACUAAUAAUCAGCGACUUCUUUGUAGUGAAACACCCGUUUAUUCUGUGUUACUAUGAUUCGUCAUUAAGUUAACUGAUAAUCUCUUCUUACUUCACUACUCUGAACAUUCAAUCUAUAUAGCCAAUUUUGGUAAAAGUAUUUAUCAAAAGCUAUUUUAAAUUUACAUUGUUAGUUCUGCAUUCUGUUUUAUUAUUAGAAUAAUGGUUGUUAACGUUGUUGAAGCUAUUGAAUUUGUCAAAGAUUUGACACAAGAUCAACAAGUAAGAAAUACAGUUCAGGGAAGUGUAAAAGGUGGCCUAAUAGUUGGUGGUGCUGCUACACUUGGUGCAAUAUGUUUGGGACCAGUUGGUCUGGCAGUAGGAGGCGCUGUUGGUGGAAUUGGAGCUGCAAUUGCUGCUAAAGAUACAUUUAGACCACUUCCUGAAGUGGUGGCAGAUAUGUCUCCUCAAGACAAACAGCGGUUAGCCUGUAGAGUUGAACGUUUUGUGCAAGACUUCAAUGUCACUGAUAUUGCUUCCCUUGGAGUAUUGAUUGCUGGGAACGAAAGAUUGAGGGUAAGACUGGUCGGAGAGCUUAUUCAAUACCUCACUACAGAAAUGCAGGUCGCAAUAGCUUAGCUCUUACAUAUUGAUGCUAUAUGUGCCAAAGAUAUUACAUAUCUCAUGUAAUAUUGUCAUUUAUGUAAUAUCAUUUAUGUAUUAAAUUCAAAGCUAAUGAAGUUCAUUAAGUUCAGUUAAUAUUUUAUCUUUAUCUCAUCUGUUAAAAAAAAAACUGCAUUUUAUGUUUAUUUUUCUUUUCAAUUGACUGGUAUUUUAUCUAAUUUAAUCACAAAAUUUUCCUACCAUUUGUAUUUUAUUAAAAAAAUUUCCUAAAUUUUUGAAAAUUAUUAAGUUAACUGUUGUAUGUUGUUAGUUUCUUCGAACUUAAUCAAAAAAAAAAUUUCUUGGUUUUUGUAAUUUUAUGGAAAAUUUCUUAAAAUUGGGAGAAUUUAAUUCCGUUUUGUAUUUUGCCUGUAUCUCUUUUUUUUUUUUUAAAUAAAAUCCUUUGUAUUUAAUAGAAAAUUUCCUUAAAUUAGAAAAAUUUUCUUCAUUAGACUACUAUAUUUUACCAGCUUCUCCGAAUUUAAUCAAAAAAAUCUGUUAAUUUUUGUAUUUUAUUGAAAUUUCCCUAAAAGCGGGAGAUUUACUGAAAUAAUUUUUGCUGAAUGAAAAUAAACCUUAUUUUGCCAUCUGGAUCUUUGAUACACUCGGUUUGCACCGAUAUCAUCGUUAAUCCAUACGGUGUUUCAAUCAUUAUUUCGACUAUUAUUGCUGUAGGUUUUAACAUUAUUUAAGAAAAUAAAUAAAUAAAAAAAAAUUAAACAAUUUUAUUGUAACGACUUCCUCGUUUUUUCGGCAGUUAUUGCUAAUAAAGUGCUAAUUCAGGCUUUAAAUGCUAAUGCUAUCGUUCUCCUGUUUUUUUGUUUUCUUUAAAUUUCGGUUGUUUCUCAGUUGAUAUUAUUUCUACUGGUAUAAUUUGAAUCGGCCAUUUAAAUAGUAACUUUUUGCGCUCAAUUUGUACCGAUAGUAUCGUCAAACCAUGUAGUGUUUCGAUUGUAUUUUCGGCAGUUGUUGGUAUUGAUUUUCACGUGGUUUCUAAGCGUUCCAAGAUAUUUCAGGCAAUAUGAGCAAUUUGAAUCGCGCAUUUAAAUAUUUAAUUUUUAGCAAAUUAUAUCGAUUUUUCACCAGUUAUAGGCAGCUAUUAAUUCAGGCAUAAUUUUUAAAAUCCGAUAUUUUUUUGAUACGAUAUUAUUUAUUACAACAACUGAAUCUCAAAACUACACGAGUAUUUGAGUAACCCCUUUUUGAAGGAAUUUCGUUGCUGAUCUUUAUUUCGGUAGCUGCGAAUUUCACGAUUUUUUUUUUUUUUAAUGUGAUGAUGAU